CAUUCAGACCAGUAGAAGUCGUAAAUCCAUAUUGAAUUAAAUAUAAUAAAAUUAAAUUAAAUUAAAUUAAAUUAAACUAAAAAAAAAAAUGUUUUCACUAUUUCGAUUUGUGAUUAUAAUUAUUUUAACAUAUUUAUUAACUACAGUUAUCAAUGGGCAACGAUCCCAACGCAAUCGGUUACGUUUAUGCUCAAUGGUUAAUGUUCCAAAUGCUUUAGUACGUUUCAAACAUAAUUUCAAAAUAAUGCGAAUAAAUUGUGUGACAGGUUUUAGUUUACAAGGAAGCAAUAUUGUCGCUUGUGAAAAUGGCAAAUGGAAUGCUGAAACUCCAGUUUGUACUAAAGAAGGAUGUCCGAAACAUGAAACUCCCCAAAAUGGCUUAAUAAUGCCAACUCGUCAUAAAGCGAAUCUCUACUGUACGGAUAAAUACAAAUUAGUUGGAGGCAAAGUUACUUAUUGUAAUGGAACACAUUGGGAUCGCCCUUUGGGCAAAUGUGAGGAAACAAACGAUAAAAUCCAACUAGCUUGUGAUUUUGAAUCAGAUGAUUUGUGUGGUUGGUCACACGAUGAAACACACAAUUUCGAUUGGAAACGUAUUAUGGCGGCAAAUUUAUUUCAACAACUUCGAACUGGUCCACAGCAUGAUCAUACAACAUUCACAGCUGAUGCAGGACAUUAUAUGCUGAUGGAAAGUUUUGAUCAGCAGCCACAUAAUGUUGCUCGUUUAAUCUCACCAAUUUAUUCGAAAACUCUAACAAAUAACUAUGGGUGUUUUAAAUUUUUUUAUUUUAUGUAUGGAGCAGCGGUUGGAAGUUUAAAUGUCUACGUUAAACCUGUGUCAGUGGAUCUUGAAGAAGUGCUGCAGGAGACGAGAUAUAAAUACUUUGGAAUAAGUGGCAAUCAAAAAAAUAUAUGGAAAGAAGGUCUAUUUAUUAUAAAACAAUUACCAGAAGAUUUUCAAAUUAUCAUCGAAGGUACGGCUGGAAUAAAUCACUUAAGCGAUAUUGCAAUUGAUGAUAUUGAAUUAAUGCAAUAUUCUAAAUGCUCUUCAUUAUCAUCAACUGGUGGAGUAACAAGAUUACCUGAUUUUACAGAUUAUGCAAUUUAUGAUGUGCAAUCGUGUGAAGGCCGUUGCAGUGAAAUUAGUCCCUCAAAUUUUGGUAUAACAAACAAGGAAGGUGUUUUUUACAAAUCUUGUGAUUGCCAUGAAGAAUGUGAAUCAUUAAAUACAUGCUGUCCAAAUUAUCGAUCAGUUUGUGAAUUUGGCAGCAAUGGUGAAACGACAAGUGAAUCACUAGAUUCGGCAACAAAUCUUCCUUUGUCAAUGCUCAAUUACACAAAAAUCAUCCCGACAACAAUAACAACAUCUUUAACAUCAACAACAACAACAACAACAACACCACCACCUACCACCCAAACUAAAACAACACCUUCUUCAACAACACCCACAACAUCUACUACUAAAACUACAAAAACUACAAAAGUAUCAACAUACUACAAUGAUGAUGGUAGUAGGCUUUCGACAUCGUCAUUUGUUAAAACUAAAAAAUCUGAAACUGAAACAGAAAGAACAACAACAACAACACCAACAACAAUAACAACAACAACAGCAAAAUCUUCAACAUCAACUUUAUUAAUAUCAACAGAACUGGGAAAAAUAUCAACCAAAAUCAGAAAUGCAGAAGAAGAGCCCACAAUUCUCAUCGAAAAUAGCACCAAGAUUCUAGAAACGACUUCAGCUCAACCUACAUAUUCACAGGAUGACAGAAUUCAUUUAAAUAUCAUAACAUCACAAUCAAUUCCAACAACAGAAAAUGUUUUGAUUUCACGAAAAGAUAAAAUUAUUACCUGGCAAAUCCCUAAAAACAAAUUUAAAAGACAAAAGGACAAUAAUGAUUCAAAUUCGAUAACAUUAAAUCUUACUUUAUUUGUCGUCAUUACUUUAAUUGUCUCUUUGGCAAUCAAACAUUAUAAACUGAUUAAAAAUAUUAAACAACGUCAUAUUAAUCGAUUUUUGAAGAAAGACCACGAAGAUGCUACUGUAUUAAUUUACAACCAAGACGACGAAUUAUUGUAGUGAUUUAAAAGCAGACAAAAAUAAAUUUGAAUAAAAGCAUUCCUUUUUUGUUUAUUUGU